UUCCUCUGGUACUGACGGUAUACUUAUCUCACCAUCUGGGCUGCCCGCAAUGAUGCUGCCCAUGCUGCCCACGAAAGCACUCUAGUAAUUCGACGGGCAGCAGCAAACAUACGAGCUGCUAUAUCCUCGCCCUCGUUCGAGGAGCCAGCGUCGACGCCACCGCUGCGCAUAGAUGGCAUCCCAAUGGGCCAACUCAAACUUAAAACGUAGUAGCGGUGCAAUGCCGCGCGGUCUGCUGAUGCUGAGCCUGUACAUUGCAGCCACGAAUGCUAGAAAUAAUGAAUCACCGACGCUGCAUGUCGUCGCACCAGUCCACGCUGCGAUCACGAACGCAAGCAUAGAAGUGAUGCUGAACUGCUUCCUCGCGCAGACGAGCCGCGACUGGGCCCUCACGGUGGUAGGUGACGGCUACGAUGCGCGCGCCGCGGCGGUCGUCGGGCGCUACACCGACCCGCGGAUAAACUACGCGGCGACGGACCGCGCCUACGGCGACCACGGCCACACGCCGCGCGAGCUGGGCCUCGGCCUCGGCGAGAGCCCGUGGACGGUGCUGACGGGCGUCGACAACUACUACGUGCCGCUCUUCGUCGAGACCGUGGUCGAAAAAAUCCGCGCCAACCCAAACGCGGGCCUCGUCUACUACGACUUUUUGCUGGACAUGAAGGGCGAGCUCGCCGCGGGCGCCGCGUACGACGCGGCCCUCCGCGCCUACGGUGACGCUCCGGCUGAAGAAGAUCCCGAGGCCGUCGUCGUCCGGCCGCUGCUCGACGGCCGCGUCGCGGAGAUCCGCUUCCGGCGCGGCGACGACGUGGCGGCUGUCGCGCGCGAUUUUGUGGCGGCCGAGGGCCUGAAUAGUGGCGGCGGCUGUGAUGAUGCCGCAUGCGUCGUGGACGGUGCGGAAACAUGAACUUUACCCAGCCUCACCGGUCGAUCCACGCAGGUCGCAGACCUCCUCGCGGGCCACAUGGCCUCGGAAGCCGCGCGUCCGCCCGGCUCGGGGGGCGCUAUCGGGGGCGGCCGGCCCCGCGCGCUGCCGCCGUACUCGGGCCACAUCGACGCGACGCUCGACGAGUCGGGGCGCCUCGACGUCGGCGCCGUGGCCGUACGAACCGACGUGGCGCGCCGCGUCGGCUUUGGGUGGCGCCACCACGCGGCCGACUUUUCGUACGUCCGCGCGGUGCUCGAAGAGCUCGCACGCGUCGGCCUCGAGGCGCUCAAGCUCCCGCAGACGCUCUACGUCCACAACUAGUGAAUUCUUGUGUAAUGGGUUUGUGUAAUU